AUCUCUCGGAAAUUUCCACUUGCAAGAAAUACCAGGAAAGACAAUCCUUACUCCUUAGCCAUUGUGCAUGUCGAAUUCGCAGAAUCCCAAGUUUAGGAUACGGUCUUCAGCUAAUAAGAAAUCUGAUAGUGUUCAAGACUAUGUGAAAUCGUCAUGCAUUCCAAGGAGGUGUAGAAGUAGCAGGCCAAAUUUACCCUCAGGUUUAUCUGUUUCCAAGCGGAAUGGGAGGCUUGAUUCAUCUGAGUCCGACAUGAAUGUCGAGGGAAUGAGGAAGAAGCUUAAGACGGUAUCGCAGGUGACCAUGGAAGCUGAAAAGUCUAAGGUUCCCUUAGACUCAGUUGUUUCAAAGCCAGCGAAGUUGACUGGCCGUAGUUUCAAGAUUAGAUUCAAAAGAGGGCGCGAAGUGGAAAGUGUAUCAGGCAAAGAAACAUCUAAUGUAAGUGGAGGGAGGUCGCCCAUUCUAUCCUCUAAUCUAAAACAGGUGAAAAGUAAUGAAGAUCAAGAGAACAUCCCUUCACAGAAGAGGCUGGCACUGGAGGAUAACAGUGCAGAUAUUCGUAAAACUGUAAAAGAAAUCAAGGAAAAAUGUGCAAAGCGGAUGGAGAAGCUCAUUCAGGAACAGAAAGGGAAAAUUCAGGAGUUUCAUCGUGUUUCGGAGGAUAAUAUGUCACAAUUGGAAAAUGAUCGUAAACUGGAAGCGGCCAUUAUUCGUUCUAUAUACGGCAAUGGAACAAUAACGAUAGACAAGCUCGCGAUCUUGGAUGAUAAAUUUGCGAAAAAAAUGGCAGAGAACAAUCUCGAAAAGGACAAGCAACUUAGAGAUCUUGAGGCAGAACACUCAGCUGCAAAAAAUGAGGAGAUCCAAAAGGAAGCUAACUCUCUGUCUGAAGCAAAAUCCCUUGUCUCUAGCAAGCCUACAGCAUACCGCAAAGAACAGCCAUUGGGGUCGCAACAUGAAGAAGUUUCUAGACGUUCUAAGUCGAGAAUGCAUAUCCUAGGUGCUAAGGAUGCAAUGGCCUUAACUGAGCAGCAUGAAAAAGAUAGUGAUUCAAGUAUAACUGUGAAGAGGAAUCAUGUUGAACGAUCCAAAAAUUCUGAUCGUGCUACAGCUGAGGAAGUAGCAUGUAAACCCUCUUGUGAAAAUCCAAGUAGUGCGAAAAAAAUGGCAGAGAACAAUCUCGAAAAGGACAGAUCUUCAAUGGCCUUAACUGAGCAGCAUGAAAAAGAUAGUGAUUCAAGUAUAACUGUGAAGAGGAAUCAUGUUGAACGAUCCAAAAAUUCUGAUCGUGCUACAGCUGAGGAAGUAGCAUGUAAACCCUCUUGUGAAAAUCUGAGUAGUGCGAAAAAAAUGGCAGAGAACAAUCUCGAAAAGGACAGGCAACUUAGAGAUCUUGAGGCAGAACACUCAACUGCAAAAAAUGAGGAGAUCCAAAAGGAAGCUAGCUCUCUGUCUGAAGCAAAAUCCCUCGUCUCCAGCAAGCCUACAGCAUACCGCAAAGAACAGCCAUUGGGGUCGCAACAUGAAGAAGUUACUAGAUGUUCUAAGUCGAGAACGCAUUUCCUAGGUGCUAAGGAUGCAAUGGCCCUAACUGAGCAGCAUGAAAAAGAUGGUGAUUCAAGUAUAACUGUGAAGAGGAAUCAUGUUGAACGAUCCAAAAAUUCUGAUCGUGCUACAGCUGAGGAAGUAGCAUGUAAACCCUCUUGUGAAAAUCUAAGUAGUGCGAAAAAAAUGGCAGAGAACAAUCUCGAAAAGGACAAGCAACUUAGAGAUCUUGAGGCAGAAUACUCAACUGCAAAAAAUGAGGAGAUCCAAAAGGAAGCUAACUCUCUGUCUGAAGCAAAAUCCCACGUCUCUAGCAAGCCUACAGCAUACCGCAAAGAACAGCCAUUUGGGUCGCAACAUGUAGAAGUUUCGAGAUGUUCUAAGUCGAGAACGCAUAUCCUAGGUGCUAAGGAUGCAAUAGCCCCAACUGAGCAGCAUGGAAAAGAUAGUGAUUCAAGUAUAACUGUGAAGAGGAAUCAUGUUGAACGAUCCAAAAAUUCUGAUCGUGCUACAGUUGAGGAAGUAGCAUGUAAACCCUCUUGUGAAAAUCUUAGUAGUGCAGCCAUUUAUCUAAAAUUAUUGGAUGUUGAGAACAAUCUCCAAAAGGACAAGCAACUUAAGGAUCUUGAGGCAGAACAAUCAGCUGCAAGAAAUGAGGAGAUCCAAAAGGAAGUUAACUCUCUGUCUGAAGCAAAAGCCUGCGUCUCUAGCAAGCCUACAGCAUACAGCAAAGAACAGCCAUUUGGUUCACAACAUGAAGAAGUUUCUAGAUGUUCUAAGUCGAGAACGCAUAUCCUCGGUGCUAAGGAUGCUAUGGCCUUAACCGUGAAGCAUGGACAAAAUAGUGAUUCAAGUAGAACUGUGAAGGCAAAUCGUGUUGUACGAUCCAAAAACUCUGAUCAUGCUACAGCUGAGGAAGUAGCAUGUAACCCUUUUUAUGGAAAUCCAAGUGGUGAAGCAAAUAGUAGUAAAAAAAAGGGAGGUGGUAUAUCUGACUCAGAUAUACGGAUUUCGGCUGUUGUUGAGAAGAUUAAUCUGCCAAUGCAUUUGGGUGCCGGGGGAAGUAUCCUUGCCAAUCUGGAGACUUCUGGUGAAAUGCAACUGCUUGAGCUGCACGGAGAGGUUCCAUCUAAGAUGCCUGAAACAGUUGCUUAUGAAAUGUUGGAUGAGGAUGCAAUUGAUUUACCUGAUGCAGAGCAGCUUGCUGUACCAGAGCAUUUUGGUUGUGCUGAAAAAAUCUCUGUGAAGCCCCCUGAUUCUGGAGAAAGAGGUGUCGGUGACAUGCAAUUUCCCAAUCUAUGUAAAGACAUUCCUGCAGAAUGGACUGAAACUGAUGAUGAAAUUGUUGAUAAUGUCAACCCAAUGGAAUUGAGUGCUAAUACUUCUAUUGAUGGAUUUGGUGAAGAGACUGCAAUUAAUUUCCCUGAUGCUUUGCUAAACCAGAGAAAUAAGACUGACAGGACCACCAUUGAUGAUCUUGAUUUGGCUGGAAAGGUACGAGAAGAGCAAGAUGUGGUACCUUCUGAAAUACAAGGCCAUGUUAUAGAGGAAGCAGGAAGGGUAAACUCUUCUCUCUCUGAGAUUGCCACUGCAGAACUUGUUGAUACUGCCAGAGAGUCUCUGUCGAAUAUUGAACCACAAGCCAGUGAGGAGCUUGCACUAGAAACUCAAAGUUCAUCAAGAGCUGAAGCUUCAGAGUUGAAAGUCACUGACACUGUAAUAGCUAAACUGUCUUCUGUACAAAUACAAGAUCAGAACACCUCAGUUGUUAAAGACCAAGUUACUUCACAGAUAGAAGCUGCAGACUCAGAGAGAGUUGACACUGCAGCCUCUGUUUCUGCAUCAGAACAUGUUGGUACUGUAAAGACUUUGGAAUCAUAUAACAAACUCCAAGACAACACUGAGCUGGAAAUAGAAACUCGAAGUAUGUCAUGGAUUGAAGUUUCAUACAUCGAGGACAUGAACAAUAGAUCACAUAUGCUGUCCAGUAUAGAACAGCAAGAUGAAGAUGCAGUAAUUAUUACCAAUCGGGUUAAUUUGGAGACUGAGGCAUCAAAUUCACUACUACCUGACAAUGCAACCCCUGAGCAAUCCCAUACUGAUGCACCAUCGAUUGAAAGUGAUGAGAAGCUGCAGCUCAUGAAUAUUGACGCAUCUCCAAGCCGUAACCAUUUGCCAUCCCCUGAACUUGAAAGUCAAAAUCAUAAUCUGGCAAGAAAUUCCUCUGGAGCUGCUGUGACUGAAAUUCUUUCACAUGCAUCCGUAGAUUUGGAUAAUAGUCCUGAUGUCAGAGAUGAACUAACAAGUGUUCAGAUAUCUGCUUCUGUCCAGAAUAAUGUAGCUACAGAAGAGGUGUUGAGUGCAAAUGAAGUCUUACAUGAUGCUGUUCUACAGUUCGGAGGUCUAACCCAUCUUCCUAUUAAUCAAAUUUCUCCAUCUCUGUUUGCUGAUCCACUUCAAAAUGAAUUGGAAAUAAUAAAAAAAGAAUCUGAAGAACUGCAGAAAAUUCACGAUGAACUGAUAGAAGGGCUAAAUUCUGAAUGCAAAAAAGAGAUGCAAGAACUUUUCGAUGCAGUAAAAAAGAAAUACCAGCUCAAAAUUCAGGAUACUCGAGCACAAUUUGUAGUGAAGAACAAUGGACUUUGUCAGAGGGGGAAGAAAAUUUUGAUGAAUAAGAUGUUGGCUGAUUCCUUCAACUAUAGUUGCUUGAAUAUGUCGUCUAUUUGGCCUGCAUUGCAGCAAGGUUUUCCUUCCAGUUCCAUGCAAUAUCAUCAACACAUGGUUAGGCCUGCUGGGGCUUGUGCUCCCAACCAGCAGAUUGCAAGCCCAAUUGGGCAAGCCAUGCCGCAGAUAUCAGUGCCUGGUUCUACGAGAGGUGGGCCUAUCACUAGCCAACAUUUUGCACCUCCAUGUGUACAACCUACUCCGUAUUUUGAAGCUUUGCGAAGACAGGGGACCAUCUUUGGAGUUCAUCCCACGAGUCUUCCGCAUUUUGGAGGAGAUAUAUAUUCUUCAGCUCAGCAGUUUCAGUCUUCUAUUCUUGGUCCAGCACAAUCCAUACCCAAUGCUACUUUGAUAUCAUCCUUCCAAAAUAUGCAGCAACCGCAACAGCCUCUAGCAGCUCCACAGUGGCAAUCAAACUUUCAUAAUCCUCAACAUCAUGGUUAUCCACCUUCUGUGAUGCAUACACCUGUGUCAUCACAGUGUCCAUCAAACUUUCACAAUCCUCAACAUCGUGGUUAUCCACCUGCUGUGAUGCCUACAUCUGUGUCAUCGUUUGAUUCGCUAAUGGAUGUGGAGCAUCUUCGUCGUCAUCACCAGCUACUUGGUGCUGUGCGGGGGCAACCAGAGCUCUUGCACCGGAGCAGCUAAUGCUAUCUGCUUAUCUGAUUUACACUAGCUUUUCUUCUACGAUCAUUUUGGAAGCCUCACCGUCAUAUCCUCACUGGUAAUUUGGUAUAGUUCUACAAAGUCUAAAUCAGUCUAUACGCAUACUCACUGCUAAAGUUGUAUAGUUGUGCAGAAUGUUCCUAUCAUCCUUUUUGCACCAGUGAUGGUGGUUAACCUUACACAUAAUCUAACAGAAUGGAAGAGGAAAAAAAAACCAUUCUUUUCUUUAA